AUGCAACUGGGUGGUUUGAAACAAACAUUCUUAAUUGCUUCUCGUGGUAGUCGUAUUGAAUUCGAUGAUGUAAGCUUCGAUCCACGUACCCGCCAUACAGUCUGGACGCUAAUCAUUGGCUGCUCAUUUAAUAUUUUAGCUGAAUACAGCUUCAACCAAGCACUAGUGCAACGAUAUCUCUGUGUUCGUUCAGUGCGAGCUGCUCGACAAGUAAUUCUCAUUAAUGGUAUCGGUAUCAUUAUUUUUAUUCUUCUCUUGAGUCUUACGGGUCUCGUUAUAUAUGCAUUCUAUGCCAACUGUGAUCCAUACACGGCUGGAUUUGUAAGCAGUUCAGAUCAAUUAUUUCCAUACUUCGUUAUGGAAGUAUUGAGCAAUACGGUAGGCUUACGUGGUAUUUUCCUUGCCUGCAUCUUCUCAGCUUCAUUAUCGACGAUUUCAUCUGGACUGAAUAGUCUCGCUGCAGUGUUCAUCGAAGAUGUAUAUCAAGGAUUGAUGCGACGACGAUUGAACGAUGAACAGCUAGGGAGAGUAUCGAAAAUUUAUUCAGCCAUACUUGGUGCUGUUGUAAUACUGCUUUCCUUCGCAGUAAGCUACUUGGGUUCAGUACUCAAUGCUGCAUUGUCGUUGGGAGGAGUCUUUGCUGGUCCUAUUAUGGGUGUGUUCUUUCUUGGUUUCUUCUUUCCACGAGUACAACGACGGAGCGCCUUAGUUGGACUUUUAAGCGGUUUGGGAUUACAGUUAUGGAUCUUUUUAGGUGCCCAGAUGACAAAAAAUCGAGGACAGAGUGGACGAUUACCAUUGUCAGUAACUAACUGCUCGAAAUUUAAUACCACUACACUACCAUUAGCCAGUAUGACUACCAUCAGUUAUGCGAACGAGUAA